AAAAAGACCUAGUCGCUAUUUUAAAUGUGGACGUUGUAGGUAAACUUAAGUUGCUACUGUAAUCUACGUCUACCAUAUUACGGACGCCUAGCACUGUUCCCCACUUUCACCAGCUAGGGGAUGAGCUUUACUUCUGAUGAAGUUAAUUUUCUUAUAUUCAGGUAUCUCCAAGAAUCAGGUUAUUGUCACUCAGCAUACUUGUUUGGUCUGGAAAGCCAAAUUAGUCAGUCAAAUGUUGAUGGGGCCCUCGUUCCCCCUGGCUCUUUGUUAAGCCUGAUUCAGAAAGGUCUACAAUAUACUGAGGCUGAGAUAAGUAUUGGGGAGGAUGGAAGUGAGCGUGUUGUCGAGUCCCUCUCCCUUAUUGAUGCCGUUGUACCGGAUGUUAUAGAAAAACGGAAGAACUUCCUAAAACAGCAGUCCACAAGUGCAGUUAGUAUAAGCACUUCCGCCAAUGUAUUGUGCAAUAGUGUAUCUAUAUCAUCUGCUGUGAACUGUACUCAUAUUGGAAAUGUACCUGUUACACCCACCCCAUCAGAUCAGCUACUAUCCUCUGUCAACUCUCAUUCUUUCCCUUUGGAUAUAUCAACUGUUCCCAAUACAUUACAUACACAAACUGAAAGCUCACAUAGUUCCACAGGUCAUACAUCCAUAAAAACUGAAGCCCCAGGCAUUUCACCACGCCCACAUUCUCACCAACACAAUACAUUUACUCCAUCCACACUAAGCACAAAUAAACAGAAUAAUUCCUCAAAUUCAGUUAAUGCAUCUGUGCUUAAUCAACCAAAUAAUGUGAAUAGAUCAACUCCUACCACUUCUGUUUGCUCAGUCCCAAUAAUUUCAAACCUAAGUCCAAUAAGUUCGUCUAAUGCUACUCCAUUAGUAGGAAUCAAUAAAAUUACAGCUGCUUCUCAGCAGUCUUCUGUAACCUCUGGACAGCUAACUACUCAUCAUGUCCCACAGUCCGUCCUUCUGUCAACAAUACAGACGAAUGGGGAACAUCAUAGCGGAACAAUGGUCAACCAUUAUCGGGGUAACGAUCCUAUGGAAGUUGAUCGAGUACACGUUACCGAAGUAAAUAAUACAUCACCCUUACUCGCCAGACAAAUCCCACCUGAGCGGAUUACCGUCCUUAAGGGUCAUCAGUCAGAAGUUUUUAUCUGUGCAUGGAAUCCCCGAAAUGAUAUGUUGGCAUCUGGGUCUGGAGAUUCUACCGCACGAAUAUGGAAUCUUGAAGAACCCAUUACAAAUCCUCACCAUGUCCCACAGUUAGUUCUGACACAUUGGGUCAAUCUUGAUGGUCAGACAGUGUUGAGUAAUAAAGAUGUUACAUCUCUGGAUUGGAAUUCUGAUGGAAGUUUCUUAGCCACCGGAUCAUAUGAUGGAUUUGCUCGAGUAUGGAAUACUGAUGGUCGAUUAGCAACAACUCUUGGCCAACAUAAAGGACCUAUUUUCGCCUUGAAAUGGAACAAGAAAGGAAAUUAUAUCCUCACAGCCGGAGUGGAUAAGACAACCAUCAUAUGGGAGGCACAAACUGGCCGAAUCGCGCAACAGUUUGCGUUCCAUGUUGCUCCUACAUUGGAUGUUGAUUGGCAAUCCUUAGACAGUUUUGCAUCCUGUUCAACAGACACAAAUAUCCAUGUCUGUCAGUUAGGCUGUUCAUCUCCUGUGAAAACAUUCCAAGGUCAUGAGAAUGAAGUCAACGCGAUUAAAUGGGACCCCAAUGGUCGACUUUUAGCCUCGUGUUCUGAUGACAUGACACUAAAAGUUUGGGAUAUGCAUCAUGAUCGAUGUGUACAUGACCUUCGAGGUCAUACAAAGGAGAUUUAUACUAUUAAGUGGAGUCCCACUGGCCCCGGGACAGCGUUUGCUAACGCUCCGCUUAGUCUCGCUAGUGCCAGUUUUGAUUCAACUGUCCGGUUAUGGGAUGUUGAAACAGGGCAAUGCCGACGGAUAUUAUCAAGACAUACUGAACCUGUAUAUAGUGUUGCAUUCAGUCCUGACGGUCGCCUGUUAGCAACAGGCUCAUUCGACCAAUGUGUUCAUAUAUGGAAUGUUGACUCCGGAAACCUUAUAAAUAGCUAUCAGGGCACUGGCGGCAUUUUCGAAGUUUGCUGGAAUUCACGAGGAGAUAAAGUUGGAGCUAGUGCAUCGGAUGGCUCUGUUGUGGUACUUGAUCUACGAAGGUAGCAGUGACUAUCUCUUUCCUCCACAAUCGACACAUGGGACAGUUUACAGUCAGUAAUUUUCAUCCAAUCCUGUACAUUAAACAAUUAACCUGCUGGAUUAUUUGAGCAGGGAUGGGCUGUAAUACAUCACAACUUCUACGCCCUAAGCUUUCAAUCAGUGAUCAGAUUAAUCUUACCAGGCUGUACCACCAACAUGUGUACGCAAACACUACAAGCUGUCAAUCCCUUACUUGCCUCCAGCUUCCUGAUACAACUACAAUUUGCUAACUGUAACUGUUCCAGUGUAUGCUGAACUAUGUAUGAACGUAUCUCUGUCAUUCCCGGAAUAAGCCGUUUUGUACAUUUAUGAACACUAGAAAAGAUGAAUCCCCCGUUAUUAUGUCUACGACCAAUCUUUUUAUUGAAUUUAUUCACUUCUUGGGAAAUGAAAUAGUCCAUCAGGACCAGAGUUGUUUUCUUCCCACUACUUUGUUUGCUGUAUUCCUUGUAAAACUGUUUAUUAACUUCGUAAAUGUUGUUAGAUCACAUCCUUUGUCAAACUGUAUUUUUGGCGCCGUUGUGUGUCAUUAUUUCCCAUUUGGCAGCGAGGCCCAAACUCUUUUCGACGUUCCAGUAGCAAUCGAUACUUGGUUAGCUUAUGAAUGGUUUCCUGUUGAGUUGUGUAUAAGUUGAACACUACUUUAUCCGGUGAUCGUAACAUUUCUUGCUUGUUAUUGAUUGUUGCGUAUAUAGCAUUUUGUCAAGUCAUUUCCCUCGCGUUUUUCAUUUUGGUGAAAAUUUCAGUCAGUGCGCUGGAGUAUCUAUCUAUCUAUCCUACCCUAUUGUAAAGUGUUCUUUUAUCUUCAGUUAAUUUAUUCAACUUGUGCCAACUAUGUAAUUUUGUCGAUAUGUUUUCAGAACGUCCUUGGUUCAAUAAUAUACGCUACAUGUCUGUCCUUAUGAGCAGAUGUACGCAUGUUACCUCCAACUCUCUGAUGUUUUUUUUAAUGUUAUCUUAUGUAGUGUGUUGCAAAUUUUAUAUUCUUAGGGAAAUAUGUUAUUUUAAAUCUUUUUUCACACUUUUAUUCACUUUGAUAAACAAAUCAAACUGAAGUCUUAUUUCCAUGACCUUUGCGUUAAUCAUGAAGUUUUAGAUCUCUUCAUAUUUUUUUCUUGUUAGUGUUUUUUGUUUACAACUGUAUCUUACUUGUCCUUUCGAAAUCACACACUCAAUCACACCCUACUCCUUAUUUUAUCGUUUCUGGCUGUGGUUUUAUCUUCAUAAAUUAUGAAUGUACUUCCUUGUUCUUGAUCAGGCUCUCUUAUAGAAUUAAAAUCUUUUCUCUGUUGAAUUAGUUCUAUUUUUAGACUUCCUUUUUACCCCUUUGUACUUUGCUUGAAUCAUUAGAAUUUUUCUUUAUCUUGCUAUUUACAUUUGACAUUAUGUGAACUUGUAAAUUAUGUUAUUUACCAUGUGUACGGUUAUCGAUAUUAUGACUUUAUAUCUUCACAUAUGUGAAUACCUUUCUCUGUAUGUCCAAUUCUACUAUUCUUUGAUCGAGCAGCUGUGUUAUGGAAAUGUGCUCGUAUUUGUUGCGUGUUGUUUAUACUUAUAAUCUAGUUCUCAUUGAAUAUGCCCAUAUCCUUCAAAUGCCCCUCCCCUUGUCCCCCCUCCCCCAAAGCAUAUUUUUUCAUUUUCGAAACAAUGUCCACUGUAUAUUUGUCCUUUUUUUUUGAAGUUUCCCGGAUGUAAUAAUCAACUUAUUUGCGAUUUUGUACUUCUUGUCUUUACAUCUGAAGUGUUGGGGUUGGUAAAUAUAGCAUUUAUACAUUAUUUGAUGAUGAUUCAGGAUUUUACUGAAGCUCAUUUAUUCCCAAAUUUAUUUUAAGUUCUGUUACAAGGGAUGUGUAUGCUUUUCAUAACCUCACGAAAAGUGUGAUGUUACGGAUAACAUUAAAAUGGGGGUGAAAACUGUAUUCUGAAUUUCAGUAGUUUGUUAAUUUAUCUUACUUCCAUGAGCAUGCAUAUAUGAAGUGUGUGUAUCUCGAUCCAUGUCCACAUGGACUCUCCCACAAUUUGUAGGCUGACUGUUAGUCUUGUAUUGUAUGGGUCUCUGUCGAUCUACUAGAUUUCGCUGAUUGGGAUUGGGUAUCAGCUCACCUAUGAUUUUGACAGGUUCAAACGCAUUAAUAAAUGCCUUCACCUUAAAUAAUAGAGGAAACCGUUAUAUAUUGAAAUGGCUAUAUUUUGAGUUAUUAGGUAUGUUCAUUGCAAAUCUGUUCUAACCGAUAAUGAGUUUGGACAAAGGGGUAAUGUUAACAGGUGAAGAGAACGUGAUUCCCAUCGUAGUUGACAGUUUUGAAAAGUUUGAUUUAUCGGUAACCAAAUACUGUUCACAUUGAGUUUUCUUACUCAAUGUAAAAACUUUACUACUCGGAUCAGAAUUCCAGUGUAACAGACUGAGGCAGAUUUUCAUGUGAGAACUGGUGGUAUUGUCUAGGCCGGAGUAGGUGUAGGAACUUGGGAACCAGGACCAACUGGUUUUAAGUCAACUCCUCAAACCAAUGAACCACAUCGCUACUUUCUGGGUAACUAUUGUUU